UAGUAACUUGAUCAGGAAGCUAAAGCGCGAUUAGUAUCGUUAGCUGAACUGAACUGGUUUCUUUCAACCCGGACGCUUUAAUUUUUAAAUUAGUAUUUGCAAGGAAUUCGAGUUAUUCUUGAUUCUUUUUUCUUUUUUCUUUUUUCUCCUCGUAUUUUGUGACUGACUUGUUUUGCUGUGGCUCGUCAUUGCGACUCUUAUUCAGCGAUAUAUCUUUAGAUUUUGUAUGAGUCGUUGAGAGGUCUCAACUAUUUUGGAUCCACCCCAUUAAACACCCUCGCCGAGGAAACAACCCUUCAAGAUGGGGCAACCCUCGUUUGAGGCUUCGAACGCCAUCAUUUACCUUACCUAUGGCGCAUUUUUAGUCUUGGGAACAGGCUUGGCCUGGAAGAUGAGAAACCAGAGCAAGGCCGACUUCCUCUCAGGAAACAGAACUCAGACUGCCUUCCCCUUGGCUCUCAACUUUAUCGCUGCCGCUAUGGGCUCGGGUAUCUUAUUCUCCUAUCCUCAGCUAGCUACCCUUGCUGGCCUCCAGGGCGUCAUCAUCUACGCCAUCUCAUCCGCCGCCCCACUGUUUGUCUUUGCCGCUCUCGCGCCCAUCAUUCGUAGGAAGUGCCCCGAGGGCUUCGUGCUCACGGAGUGGACGAGGCAGCGGUAUGGGAUAGUGGCGGCCCUUUACCUGGGUGCCCUGACCCUUCUGACGCUCUUCUUGUACAUGGUUGCUGAGCUUUCAGCGAUCGGUCAAGUCAUCGAGGCCUUGACCGGCUUGGAUGGCCUUCCUGUGGUUAUUGUCGAAUGCAUCGUGACUACUGUCUACACUUCACUCGGAGGUUUCAAAAUCUCCUUCAUCACCGACAACGUCCAAGGCGCCAUGAUCUGCUGUCUGAUCAUCAUAGCCACUAUCACGAUUGGGGCCAAAACCGACAUCAAGCCCGAGCUGAUCGCUGAUUCCGGACUCCUGAACCCGAGUCUCGUAGGCUGGCAGCUUGUGUACAUCCUACCUGUCGCCGUUCUGACGAACGACUUCUUCCUCGCCAACUUCUGGCUCCGCGCCUUCGCGUCCAAGACGGACAAGGACCUCUGGAUCGGCAUCUCGGUCGCCAUGGUCGUCAUUCUCAUCAUCCUGACCCUAGUCGGCUUCACCGGCCUGAUCGCCGUCUGGUCCGGCGCCUUUGAGCCCGGCGGCGACGGCUCCGUCGCUUUCUUCCUCCUCCUAGAGCAGCUGCCCAACUGGGUCGUGGGCAUCGUCAUCGUCAUGUCCGUGUCCCUAAGCACCGCCGCCUUCGACAGCCUACAAUCCGCCAUGGUGUCCUCAGCCUCCAACGACCUCUUCCGCAACCGCCUCAACAUCUGGUGGAUCCGCGGCGCCGUCGUCCUCGUCAUCGUCCCCGUCGUCGUCCUCGCCCUCAAGGCCCCCUCCAUCCUCCAGAUCUACCUCAUCUCCGACCUCCUCUCCGCCGCCACCAUCCCCGUCCUCAUGCUCGGCCUCUCCCACCGCUGCUACUGGUGGCGCGGCUGCGAGGUGCUCGUCGGCGGCCUCGGCGGCAUCCUCUCCGUCUUUGUCUUCGGAACCGUGUAUUACGGCGACGCGAGGCUGGGCGCGGAGCUGAUACUGCUGGAGCAGGGGCUGUAUACGGGUGAUUGGGGCGCGUUUGGCGCGUUUGUGGCGGCGCCGGUGGGGGGGUUGGUGUGUGGGUUUGUGGCGCUGGGGGUUAGGUUGAGCGUGCAGUUUGUGGUUGCGAGGGCUAGGGGGACGAGGUUUGAGGCGCUGGAUUAUCCGAGGCCCCCGGCGCCGCUGGAGGAGACGGAUGCGGAGGUGGAGGGGGAUUGUGGGGUGGGGCUUACGUCGAAGGUUACGGGGAAGUUCUUUUAGGGGAGGAAGGGCCUAGGCUUGGGUUGGGUUGGGUUGGUGUGGCUUCGCGUGAAGGGGCGGGAGGGGUUGGGAUGAUAGAGGAGAGGAGAUGUAAGAGAGGUUUGGAAUAAAUAGAUGCCUAGACAGGUAGGCAGGCAGGCAGGCAGGCAGGC